UUUCGGCGACCCGCGCAACAUCUGUCACAUAUUUCACGCCAUCGUUGUCGGCACCUCCAUCGCGUCGGUGGCACAAUCUCUCAACCUCGGCAUCAUGGGCUGCAUGCAAUCGGCCGAUGCUUCAGGAGGCUUACCCAACACGUUUCUGCGGAAUUUGUCGCAGCAUCAUCAAGGCGUGGACGUGUUUGCGUACUACAAGGUCAUUCGGGAGCUUGGGACAGGGGCGUUCGGGGUCGUGAACCUUGUACAGAACAUCGCGACGGGCGACCAGUAUGCGAUGAAAGAGAUCACGAUUGGACCAAACGCCAAGCUCUCCGUGCUUCGCAACGAAAUCAACCUAUGGCGAGGACUCCAGCAUCCCAAUAUCGUGCGGUUGGUUGAGACAUACGAGUCAGCGACGCACAUCCACAUGAUCAUGGAGCUGUGUACGGGCGGCCACAUGCUGAACGCGGUGAAGACGCGGAAGCAAGCGUUUCCGGAAGAUCAGGCCAAGGAAAUCGUGCGCAAACUCUCGUCGAGCAUCUACUAUUUGCACUUGAAGAACAUUUGCCACCGGGACAUCAAGCUCGAGAACAUUUUGUACGAGACUGACCAAGACGGGUCCGAUGUCAAGCUGUGCGAUUUCGGAGCUAGCACGCUGUUUCGCAAUGGGGUCUUGAUGCAAACUGUGCUCGGUUCUGUGGUGUACAUGGCGCCCGAGUUUUUGGAAGGCCAAUAUACUCAAGCAUGCGAUAUGUGGAGUUUGGGCGUGGUCAUGUACAUGCUCCUGAGCAACUCGAUGCCGUUCCACGGGAACACGGAAGAAGAAUUGAUCGAGAGCAUUUUCGCCGCCAAAGUGUCGUUUGAAGACGAAGUGUGGAAAGACGUGUCGCUGGAGGCGAAAAGUCUGAUCAAGAAGCUCCUCAACCCCACCGUGGCCGAACGAUACUCGUCGCUGCAGGUGUUGCGACAUCCUUGGAUUGCCAGCGCCAAGACCAACAACCUUCCGACCCAGGACAUCGACCGGAUUAUCACCCAGCUAUCGGAAUAUGCGUCCUUUAGCCGCAUGAAGCGAGCUGCGUUGUUGGCGGUGGCAUUUUGUUCGCCGUCGAUCGAUACGACCGCGAUUCGAAAAGCAUUCGACCAACUGAACGUAUUGCACAACGGCGUGCUGACCCUGCUCGACUUGGAACAAGCUUCCCUGACCGACCAGUACCCGACCGUCGACUUCCAAAAGAUCUUCCAGAGCUUGGACAUUGAGAACUCGAACCAAGUCAACUUUUUGGAGUUUGUGUCGGCCACGAUGACCGUGAACCUCCAAAGCGAAAAGGUGCUCCGCAAGGCCUACGGGUUGUUCUCUCCCGACGAGACCAAGGGCGGCAUCACCGAAGCUUCGCUCGGCCGAGUGUUGGGCUGCGAUUUUGACGAAGCCUCCGUGAAAGAAAUGAUUCGGACGGCGGACGUGAACAAGGAUGGUGCCGUCAACUACAACGAGUUUGUGAAUUUGCUUGAGACGAAACCCCUGGGCAAGCAUCGUAGCGCUCGUCGAAGCUUUCGUGGGAGCAGCCGACGGAAACUGUCCCAGCAAAAGAGUACCGAGAGCCAAGACGACUCGCGACUGCCGCCCGCGCCGCAAGCAGAGAAGGACUCGGCCAGAGUGUAGUUGAAUACCUUAGGAUCGUACAUAACGAAGGAUGCAGACGUGCAAACGGGCUUGCGUUUCCACUUG